CAAAAGGAUACCAAAUUCAAGAUCAUAGAUAUCUUUGUUUACAUCCUAUAGUAAAUCAAGAAAUUUCUAAACUUCAAUAUUUUUCUCUAUGCACAUAAAAUAUCUAUGUGAUGCUUAAUAUAUUUAUUGACUUAAUAUCCAUAAAUCUGCCAAGAUGUUAAGCAUCCAAAUUUCUAUAAUCUAUAUGAUACCAAAACUGUAACGCCCCCAAACCACUAAGGGUUAGGUUCUUUGAGGAGUAUCAUCAUUUCCUUAGUUUUUCUAAAAAUGGCUUCUUCAUCCUCUCAAAAUAAUCUUGAUCUGAAUGCUGCGCUUGUAGUGCCAGAAAUUUGGCGCCCAUUGUUCCUAUCUCAGAGAGGUCCUCUUAUGACUAAUGACUCUGUGAUGCUGAGUGAUGCAGUAGCUGCAUCCGUGGCUCAAGGCAUCAUAACUCCUCGAGAUGAAAAGUUGUUGGCGGAUAGGACUGAUGCUCAAGCCAUCAGUGAUUCUUUGGCAUUCAGUAUUCAGGGUGCUUCUUCGGUUUCAAAUAUGGCUCGACGUCUACAAGUUCGAGGGAAUGAAAUUCAAGCGCAGAAAGCUCAAAUUUCGACUUUGCAGCGAAUGUAUAUGGAUUUUAGGCGAAGAAAUCGGGUUCUUCAGCGAGAAAAUAAAGAGCUCAAGAAACUCGUAGACUCAUAUGCGAAUGACCUGGGAAAGAGAUAUACUGAUUUGGAGCAGAACACCAAUCGUCUCCAAGAACAACACAAGGAUCUCUUGCUUGCGGUCCAAAAUCUUAGGGUUUUCUGCCCUGAGGCUUAGCCAGGUUGGUGCAUACCAGAACUCUCCGGGGAUGAUGCAGACAAGGUCCGAUUUGCAAAUCUAUGGUUUUCUUUAAAUCUAAAGUGGUUCAUCUUGUAAGACAAUAAUUAUUCUCUACGUACUGUUCUUAUCUCAAAAACUCUCCUAAGGCUGCUAUAAUCCUUUGAACUGUUAUUUCAUUUCGACCUAUUGCUAAGGUAUAACUCUUGUAUGAUAUCAUGAUCUUCUUUCUAGUUCC